AUGUCUCUAAACAAGCCCUCCUUGCCGACUAUUGAUGCUAUCCGGAAGAAGACGUUUGCAAAGCUGGGCCGCGACCCUUGCGAAUGGCAGGCGAAGGUGGCGCGCGAGAUCCUAAGGGCAGAAAAGGAUGUUAUAUGUGUUGCACCAACGGGUGCGGGAAAAACACUCACGUUCUGGAUGCCGUUAUUGUUCCGAGAGGAUGGAAUACAGAUCGUAGUGACGCCACUUAAUAUCCUCGGAACGCAGAGUGUAGCCGAGCUGGAGUUGGAUAUCGAAGACGGGAAGUAUCGCGCUAUAGUUAUCAAUCCCGAAUUGUUGAUGAAGGAGGGCGGGGGCUUUGAACGUCUAUGGAAGAACCAAGACUUUGCAUCUCGGAUCAUCAGUAUUAUCUGGGAUGAAGCGCACUGUGUCAGUCUCUGGAGUGCGUUUCGUACGGAGUACAGGGAUGCCUACCGCCUGCGUUAUCUUUUGCCUCAUGUGCGCUUUGUGUUAGCAUCAGCCACGCUGCCCGAGGAGAUUCAAAUCGAGGUUAUGCGAAUCUUAAUUAUGUCAUGUAGGUAG